AAAUCAAAGAUGACGCGUACUUCCACAAUGUUAGUCUCUGUCAGUUUAUAGCCUGUUCAAAAUUCAACAAACGGCCCAAUCAAGGCACACGAAAGUCUCCGGCCCAAGCCCAAGUCCAGAGCGUGCUUUCCGAGGUUGCGAAUUUCCAACGCCGGUAAAAGACUACCAAAAGCCCAAAAAUGGAGCCAGCCCAGGGCCUCGCCAGGCCAGAGGCCGGGCACGUGACCCACGGCAUCGGCGCCCUUCCUUCCGUAUCAGGCAACCGCGCGUAUCUAGCCGCGGUGUGCAAAUUUUUUUCUCAUUUUCCACCACUACAUAUAUAUAUCUCGCCUGAUUUCCCUUCCAGCCUCGUGAAAACACCCCCACAACGCCCGAAAAAACACCCGCGAAAAUGUCUCCUCCAACCUCCGACAAAAAGCAAUCGGGAAUGGCCCGUGUGCUUGGCUCCGCGUCCGCUGGUAUCUGCGAAAUCGCCGUGUUCCACCCGGUCGAUACUGUGUCGAAAAGACUCAUGUCCAACCAGACCAGAGUGACCUCAGCCGCGCAACUUAACAGUGUGAUUUUCCGUGAACAUGCACAAAAGGCACUUGGCGGCAGACUCCUCACUUUGUUCCCUGGAUUGGGCUACGCAGCCGUGUACAAGAUCUUGCAAAGAGUGUACAAAUACGGUGGCCAGCCGUUCGCCAACGAGUUUUUGACAUCCAACUUCAAGGACUCGUACGAAUCCUUGUUUGGACAGAAAACCGGAAAGGCGCUCAUGUCCGCCACCGCAGGCUCGCUCAUCGGCAUUGGCGAGGUUGUUUUGUUGCCUUUGGACGUGUUGAAGAUCAAGAGACAAACAAACCCAGAGGCGUUCAAGGGCAGAGGCUUCUUGAAGAUCAUGGCCGACGAGGGCCUCGGUUUGUACAGAGGCUGGGGCUGGACCGCUGCCAGAAACGCGCCGGGCUCGUUUGCGCUUUUUGGAGGUAACUCGUUUGCCAAGGAGUACAUCUUUGGCUUGUCCGACUACUCAUCCGCCACGUGGACGCAGAACUUCGUCACAUCCAUUUUCGGCGCCUCGGCCUCGUUGAUUGUUUCUGCACCUUUGGAUGUCAUCAAGACCAGAAUCCAGAACAAGAACUUCGAGAGCAAGGAGUCUGGGUUCACGAUCUUGAAGAACAUGGCCAAGAACGAGGGCCUCACCUCGUUCUUCAAGGGCUUGACGCCCAAGUUGUUGACCACCGGUCCCAAGUUGGUGUUUUCGUUUGCCUUGGCCCAGUCCUUGAUUCCUGCCUUUGACCAGCUCUUGAAGUAAGCCUGCGGCGGAGGACGCCCACUCUCUGUAUAUAGUUUGCACCACGUGCCGCUGAGUCGCUCGUUUAUAAUACCGAAUACGAACAAUUGAGCUGCCCGUCUUCAAGGCCCUGUCGCGUCACGUGCAAAGAGUCACGUGUCGUAUAUAUCACGUGUCACCCAUAUCACGUGCGUCGCCUGAUCACGCGCAGAGGCGUCACCUGCAGUCAGCCGCGCACGUGCUCCAGCGCUCGCUGCAAGACCCUGAUUUCUCAUCAGAUUACCCCGGUCCCUUGCUUACUCAUCCUCAGUCUCCCAUACGCCUCUAAAGGAACGCCCGACAUUUCUAUGCAAACACAAACACGACCGUGAUUCGUCUCUUUCUCCCAAAAUGAGAUUUGUUCUUAUCGCCCUAUAUUCGCUCAAAGUAAAUGUGCUCAACAUGUUGGUGGCCAACCAACGAACGGCACUGCUCAACCUCAAAUAUUUGCACAG